UAGUGUCAGUGUCACAAGAGUCAACAAUCUGAAGCUGAAGUCUUACAACAUAUACGCCUAUCUUAUUUUCAUUGAGUAGAACGUUUAUAUUUUUUACUAUUGAGGUGUUAUUAAGGAAAAUUAUCGCAGUAUAUUUCUUUUUCUUUAGUUUAUGAUUUGUUCUUGUAUUUGUAGAGUUAUUUUUAGUUCCGUAAUGCAGUUGUUUCUUGUUUGAUCGAUUCAGUUAUCGGCCAAUGAAUCUGGUUUUCUACUAACAGUUAUCAUUUGAAAGGCAUGUUUUAUCUUUUACCAUUUAUACUACUUUCUUAUAUUACGAGUAGUUUCUGCGUUUUCACUGGACAAUAUCCAGGGUCUGAAAAAAAUGGCCAAGAGUUACUUUUAUGUCGCAAAUGUGGCGCUGACGUGGCUGAUUCCUAUUACUUGUUCAGUAAAUCAAGUCCAGGAGCACAGAAAACUGAAAAGCAAAAUUUAUUUGGACAACAAAAUGUCACUGUCCAAACUUUAGUUAAUCCCUUUGGCAUCAAGUUCGAAGUUGUCACUGCUGAAAAAGCAAGAUGUGAAAACAUUGGACCACAACAGGGUGCCGACUCAUGGUUUCCGGGAUAUAGUUGGCGGAUCUGUGCAUGCCCACACUGUGGUCAACAUCUUGGCUGGACUUUUCAAAGGACGCAGGACAGUAAUACUGAGAAGCAGUCCAUAGAUAACAUUAAAACAUUUCAUGGACUUAUUUUGAAAAACAUACUUGGGGAAAACUUUACAGACUCUCUUAUAAUGAUGCCGAAAAUGUAUAAAAUGUAAUUUAUAAUUGUUGUUAAGGUUGCAUGUUUUAAAAAUACAAUGUGAUCAAGCUGUAAGUAUUGUAAAUGAGUGUUUACUAUAAACAUUUGGUGUAUAUCAAUGUAUUAAAGUUUGAAGAGCUUUUUAAAGCUAAAUAUAAAGAAAAGUAUUCAUCA